AUGGAAGGUAGUAAUCUUGUAAGUACCCCUAUGGUAACAGGAUAUAAAUUGAGUGUUAAUGAUGAAUCUCCUAAUGUCAAUCAAACAUAUUACAUGUCUAUGGUAGGCAAUUUAUUAUAUGUUACAGCUACUAGACCUGAUAUUAUGCAGGCAGUUGGUUAUGUUGUAAGGUUUCAGGCUUUUCUUAAAGAAACACAUGUACAAGCAGUGAAGAGGAUUUUCAAGUAUCAUAAGGGUACAAUGAGUUUUGGUUUAUGGUAUCCUAGAUGUCAAUAUUUUACACUAACAACCUACACUAGUGUAGAUUGGGGAGGCUCACUAGAUGAUAGAAAGAGAACGAGUGGAGGUGCUUUGUUUGUUGGUGGUUGUCUUGUUUCUUGGCUUAACAAAAAGCAGGCUUCUAUUUCAUUAUCCACAACUAAAGCAGAGUAUAUUGCAGUUGUAUCAUGUUGUAUUUAG